AUGUCCGACUUCACACGCUUCGUCACCAACAAGCUCAGUGGAGAAUGGAGCGCCAGCAACGUGUCGGGGGUGCUCACCGACGUCAUCAUCGAGUACCUGGUGGCGGGGGAGAAGUGGGAGGGCCUGGACCCGCUCGUGCGCUCCCGCCUGCUGCUGGCGCCGCUGUUCAUGCGCAAGCGCGACCUGGCCGAGCUGCAGCCCGCGCUGGCCAAGCUGGCGGCCGCCGGCACCGCCGACAAGGACGAGUGGGUGCGCGCGAUGGCUCAGUCGGUGGGCGGCUUUGACGGCCGCCUGCACAACGACGCGCUGCUGGCGGGGUCCAAGCUGGUGGGGCGCACGCUGGAGGGCCUGCAGGCGCUGCUGGAGGGAGCGGACCCGCGCCUCUACCGCCCGCUGGAGGAGGUGUACAUGAACAGGGAGCUGCUGCAGAAGCUGCGGGGAGGCGGCGGCGGCGCGGCGGCCCCCGCCAAGCAGCACCACCACUUCCGCCUGCGCCCCGCCGCUGAGGCGCCCUCGCAGCGCCAGCAGGGCGGCGGCCCCGCCGCGCCGCUGGGCCCCGGCGGCCGGCUGCAGCCGCCGGCGCAGCCCGCGGCGCAGCAGGCGGCGCAGCCGCCGCCGCGGGCGGCCGUGCAGGCGCAGCGGGCGGCGGCGGCGCCGCCAGCGGCCGGCGGCGGCGCCUCCCGCGCAAGCCGCCUGGUGGCGACCGACAUAGACAGCAUGUUCCUGCCCCGCAAGCCCAGCCUGCAGCGCACCGGCACCGGCGGCAGCCUCAACGCCAGGGGCGCGCCGCACGCCAGGCGUGCCGCCACCCUGGAUGUGGAGACGGUCAAGUCGCUGCACCAGCAGAUGCAGGCGGAGCGGGAGAAGGCGGCGCAGGCGAGCGGGCCGGGCCGGGCUGGGCUGGGCUGGGCUUGCUCUGUUCACAUCACCUGCUGCGUGGCUGCAACUAAGAGUGAGGCGUGUGGGAGUGCUGGGUGGCCGCUGCAGGCGGUGCGUGAGGUGGCGGAGGCGGAGGCUCGCGCCAAGGCGGAGGCCAGGGCUGCCAAGAAGGCUGUGAAGGAGGCGGAGAGGGAGGCGGAGGCGCGGCGGCAGGCGGCGGCGCGGGCGGCGGAGCGGGCGGCGCGGGAGGCGGCGGCCAAGGCGGCGCGCGCGGCGGCCAGGGCGGCCAGGGAGGAGGAGAAGGCGGCUGCCGGCGUGGCGCGCUCCGCGGCGGCGGCCGCCAAGGCUGCGGCGCGGCCCGCCAAGGAGUCGCUCAAGCGGCCGGCGUCGGCAGGAGUGGAAGGAGGUCAGCGUGCGGCCAAGCGGCCUGCCACCACCACUGGAGAGGGCGAGCACAGGGCGAGCCGCGGCGGGGCGGCAGCAGCAGCAGCAGCUGCUGCAGGCGGCACCUCACGCGGCGCUGCGGCAUCCAGCACCCAGCCUCUGGCCAUGCUGUCUACCGAGGCCACGGCGGCGGCGCUGGGCAACGCGGCGCUGGCUGCCGCCGCCGACGCGGCGGGCAUGCAGGUGGACGGCGCGGGCGCCAUUCAGACCGUGGACGCCAUGCACAGCUUCUUGACGGCGGCCUACGGCGGGCAGCGGUGCAGCAGCAGCGACGAGGAGGAGCCGGAUGUGUGA